UUGGGUCCUAAAAUAUCAAAAAAAAUUGCGAGGGUUGCUGUUGUGUCAGCUUCUAAAUCACCAAAGAGGCUUUUGGAAGAGAAGCUCAUCUCUUUCUUGGAGUCAUGUAAAACCCAGAAACAGCUUCUUCAGGUUCAGUUACAAACUGUAACUCAUGGUUUACAGCAUAACGAUUACGUCGGUCCCAGAAUCGUCGCCGCUAGUUGCCGAAUCACGAGGAUUGAUUACGCACGCCAAGUGUUCGACGGAAUCUCUCAACCAAAUGUUUCUGUUUGGAACGCUUUGUUUAAUGGGUACGCGCAGAGAGAUUUGUGCAACGAAGUUUUGUUGUUGUACAAGAGAAUGAGAAGCUUCGAUGUGAUGCCCAAUUGCUUUACUCUCCCUGUAGUUUUGAAAGCUUGCGUGAUGGUUAAGGAUCUUAGACAGGGAGAGGAGUUACAGUGCUUUUCGAUUAAAACAGGGUUUAGGUCAAACGCUUAUUUAGGAACUAAGUUGAUUGAGAUGUACUCGUGUGCAGGAGUGGUAGCAUUGGCGAAUAAGGUGUUCUGUGAGAUGGUUGAGAAAAAUGUUGUUACUUGGACUUCGAUGAUCAAUGGGUAUCUUUUGAAUAAGGACUUAGUCUCUGCUCGACGCUUUUUUGAUUUGUCUCCUGAGAGAGACAUUGUGUUGUGGAACACUAUGGUAUCUGGUUAUAUUGAAAUGGGGAAUAUCAUGGACGCUAGGAGUCUUUUUGAUCGAAUGCCUUGUAGGGAUGUCAUGUCAUGGAACACGGUUUUAGAAGGUUAUGCAAAUAUUGGAGAUAUGGAAGCGUGUGAAAGGGUUUUUGGUGAAAUGCCUGAGAGAAAUGUGUUUUCUUGGAAUGGUUUGAUCAAGGGUUUGGCUCAAAAUGGGCAGGUUUCUGAAGUGUUGGAUUCUUUUAAGAGAAUGGUAGAUGAAGAGAGAGUUGUCCCUAACGAUGCGACAUUGACGUUAGUCUUGUCAGCUUGUGCAAAGUUAGGAGCUCUUGAUUUCGGGAAAUGGGUACAUUGGUAUGGAGAGAGUCUUGGGUAUGACAAGGUAGAUGUUAAUGUGAAGAAUGCUUUGAUUGAUAUGUAUGCAAAAUGCGGAGCUAUAGAGAUAGCUAUGGAAGUAUUUAAAGGCAUAAAGAGAAGAGAUUUGAUAAGUUGGAAUACCAUGAUCAACGGUUUAGCUGCACAUGGACAUGGAACUGAGGCCUUGGAUUUAUUCCAUGAGAUGAAAAACUGCGGAGUUAGACCUGACAAGGUAACAUUCGUCGGUGUUCUAUGUGCCUGUAAACACAUGGGUUUGGUUGAAGAUGGCUUGGCUUAUUUUUUUUCCAUGUUUACUGAUUUCUCAAUCACGCCACAGAUUGAGCAUUGCGGUUGUGUAGUGGAUUUACUAUCUCGUGCUGGUUAUUUAACACAAGCUGUUGAGUUUAUAAAAAAAAUGCCGGUAAAAGCAGAUGCUGUUAUAUGGGCUACUCUACUUGGAGCUUCAAAGGUUUAUAAGAAGGUGGACAUUGGCGAACUUGCUCUUGUAGAGUUGAUCAAGCUUGAACCAAGAAACCCGGCUAAUUUUGUGAUGCUCUCAAACAUAUAUGGAGAUCUUGGAAGAUUUGACGAUGCUGCAAGGCUAAAAGUUGCUAUGAGAGACACCGGUUUUAAGAAAGAAGCAGGUGUUAGCUGGAUUGAGACUGAUGAUGGUUUAGUGAAGUUUUAUUCUUCGGGAGAAAAGCAUCCUCGAACAAAGGACCUACAGAUGAUCUUGGGAGAGCUGAAGAGCUUCGGUAUUCUUCUUGAUGAAGAAGAAGAUCUUCAAGAGCAUUGUAUGUAAUCUUAUAGAAGCGCGUUUGUCAAGAUUGGAGUUUUUAAACAAGUUUUCAUAAUAAUCUCCGGGGGUAUUCUAUACUCUCACAUGCCAUUGCAUAUACUGCAAAGUGCAAGAGAGUCUCAAGAAUUCUCCUUGCAAGGUUGUGUACCUAUACAGGAACUUGAACGACAGUGUUGGUGUCUCUUUGCUAUUUUGAGUCCAAUUAUUAUUACAACAUUGAAGUGGAGAAAAGCACUCUCGAGGAUGUGUAUGAGUCGUUUUGCAGCGGAUUUUUCUACUUGGGACCUUUUAGGAGCAAUGCCUUGAGGAUGUGUUCUUUGCAUAAGGUACGAGGAGAUGAUAAAACUUUUAUCAUAAAAGAGCCAUGUGCUCAGCUGAAGAAGCUUGCUUGAGUACUUGAGUUACCGCAAAGAAGAAGAGAGCAAAUUAGUAAGACGAGAGCAAAAGAAGAAGAGAGUAAGACGAGGUUUUGUACUUUUAUUCCUUUUGUAAUCUGAGCUUAGGAGGUCAAAAAGAUCAUGAAUGGUAUUAUGAUUCACGAGAAUUAUCUGACUAUUGAUAAUUACUUUUGCAUGGAAUCGUUCACAAGUAUUAUCACUUUUGUAGAAAUCUAUUUUGGAGAGAACUAUGUUGAGAAGGAGCCUUAAAGGAUCUCUCUGCAUG